AUGGCGAGCCAGGGCGACGCGAGCGGGAAAAAGGACUACUCCACGGCGAUCCUGGAGAGGAAGAAGUCGCCGAACCGGCUGGUGGUCGACGAGGCGACCAACGACGAGAACUCCACCGUCGCCCUGCACCCGGACACCAUGGACAGCCUCGAGCUCUUCCACGGCGACAUCGUCCUGCUUAAGGGCAAGAAGCGGAAGGACACGGUCUGCAUUCUGCUUCCAGACGACACCUGCGACAAGACCAAGGUCCGGAUGAACAAGGUCGUCCGGAAGAACCUGAGGGUCCGGCUGGGCGACGUCGUCUCCGUCCAUCAGUGCCCGGACGUCAAAUACGGGAAGCGUGUCCACGUACUCCCCGUCGACGACACCGUCGAAGGGAUCGCCGGAAACCUGUUCGAAGCCUUCCUGAGACCCUACUUCCUCGAGGCCUAUCGUCCUCUCAGGAAAGGAGACCUGUUCCUGGUGAGAGGCGGCAUGACGAGCGUGGAGUUCAAGGUUGUGGAGACCGACCCCGCGGAGUACUGCAUCGUCGCCUCUGACACGGAGAUAUUCUGUGACGGCGAGCCUGUCAAGCGGGAGGACGAGGAGAGGCUCGACGACGUCGGCUACGACGAUGUCGGCGGAGUCAGGAAGCAGAUGGCCCAGAUCAGAGAGCUGGUUGAGCUCCCACUGCGCCACCCCCAGCUGUUCAAGUGCAUCGGUGUGAAGCCUCCAAAGGGCAUCCUGCUGUAUGGGCCACCUGGGACCGGCAAGACCCUCAUUGCCAGAGCUGUGGCUAAUGAAACAGGCGCCUUCUUCUUCCUGAUCAAUGGCCCGGAGAUCAUGUCGAAGAUGGCUGGAGAGAGCGAGAGCAACCUCAGGAAGGCGUUUGAAGAGGCCGAGAAGAAUGCGCCGGCCAUCAUCUUCAUCGAUGAGAUCGAUUCCAUAGCACCAAAGAGAGACAAGACCAACGGAGAGGUCGAAAGGCGUAUCGUUUCGCAGCUGCUCACUCUCAUGGAUGGGCUUAAGUCCCGUGCACAUGUUAUUGUCAUGGGCGCUACCAACCGCCCAAACAGCAUCGACCCUGCUCUCAGAAGGUUCGGGAGGUUUGACCGGGAGAUCGACAUUGGAGUCCCCGAUGAAGUUGGGCGGCUUGAGGUUCUUCGGAUUCACACCAAAAACAUGAAGCUAGCUGAAGAUGUUGAACUGGAGCAUGUCUCGAGGGACACUCAUGGGUAUGUCGGCGCUGAUCUCGCCGCCCUUUGUACCGAGGCUGCUCUCCAGUGCAUUCGCGAGAAGAUGGAUGUUAUCGACCUCGAGGAUGACACCAUUGAUGCGGAGAUACUGAAUUCUAUGGCUGUCACCAACGACCAUUUCAAGAUUGCACUAGGGACAAGCAACCCUUCCGCCCUUCGUGAAACUGUCGUGGAAGUUCCAAAUGUCUCUUGGGAAGAUAUUGGCGGUCUGGAGGGUGUCAAAAGGGACCUGCAGGAGACCGUCCAGUAUCCGGUGGAGUACCCAGAGAAGUUUGAGAAGUUUGGCAUGUCUCCCUCCAAAGGUGUUCUGUUCUACGGCCCUCCGGGCUGUGGCAAGACCUUGUUGGCCAAGGCGAUUGCUAAUGAGUGCCAGGCUAACUUCAUCAGCAUCAAAGGACCGGAGCUGCUUACCAUGUGGUUUGGUGAGAGCGAGGCCAAUGUGCGUGAGAUUUUCGACAAGGCCAGGGGGUCGGCACCAUGUGUCCUCUUCUUCGAUGAGCUCGACUCGAUUGCCACCCAGAGAGGAAACAGUGUAGGCGAUGCCGGAGGUGCCGCUGAUAGGGUGCUGAACCAGCUUCUCACCGAGAUGGACGGAAUGAAUGCCAAGAAAACCGUGUUCAUCAUCGGCGCCACCAACAGGCCAGACAUCAUAGACCCUGCCUUGCUUAGGCCGGGGCGCCUUGAUCAGCUUAUCUACAUUCCUCUGCCUGACGUUGAAUCCAGGCUCCAGAUCUUCAGGGCCUGCCUUAGGAAGUCUCCUGUGGCCAAGGACGUCGACCUGAAUGCGCUCGCCAAAUACACGCAAGGGUUCAGCGGCGCAGACAUCACGGAAAUCUGCCAGCGUGCGUGCAAAUACGCCAUCAGAGAGAACAUUGAGAAGGACAUGGAAAAGGAGAGGCGGCUGAAGGAAAACCCUGAAGCCAUGGAGGAAGACGAGGUGGACGAGAUCAAGGCUGCUCACUUCGAGGAGAGCAUGAGAUAUGCACGCCGGAGUGUGAGCGACGCUGAUAUUCGCAAAUACCAGGCCUUUGCUCAGACGCUGCAGCAGUCCCGCGGUUUCGGCAGUGAGUUCCGGUUCGCUGAUCAGCCAGCAACAGGCACUACCGCCGUGACAGAUCCUUUCGCAUCCUCUGCCACGGCAGCUGAAGAAGAUGAUUUGUAUAGUUAAAUUGUCUGUUGUGUUUUGUACUUACUGUAUUAUAUUAGGAGUAUGCAUCUAUAAGACAUAGGAAGAUCAUGUAAUCAUAUUUUUAAGUGCAGUGUUGUGAUAUAUAUAAUGAAGAUUGUAUCCUCCAAAUGAAAGAAAAAAAACAUUUUUCUCCUAUUCCAGUCUGCGUGGCAAGUAUAUAUCCAUUGGCCUGUGGUACAAUUCUCUUGUUCUCUACAGGCAGGCCGCAUCAAGGGUAUUAGCAAUUUAGCAUUAUAUGUGAUGCUAUUUCUUCUUCUUUUAAAUGUACUAGUUCAGUUUCGCUUCGGUAUCUUAAUAAACCUUCUGUUAUGCUGCAUGAUUACCUCUACUGAGAAGUGCCAGAGCCUCACCAGAAUGUUGACAAAUUAGUUUAGAUGAAAGGCUCUGCAAUGCACCAAUACCAAAUUUUGGAUUCUCCAACAAAGUAACUGAAAUAAUCUGUUGAUUAGUACCUGGUUUGGCAUCUGUCCCCCUAGCUGUUCAGUAUUGGCCCCUUUACCACAUCCGCAAUCAACAGCGCUCCACGAAUUCUGAAGCGUGGGAUGGCCGUACUCUCAAGCUUAACUUGAAAGGAAUUUUACCCCAGCUGUGAUGAAGUUUUGGUAUGAGCUAGAGCAGAUUGCUAGGCAUUAACCAGGCCAAUGUCAUGGUUGCCCUGAAAGAUCUGGCAGUAUACCAACAGCGGAGUUUACUCAACCAGCUCCAUAGAGCUCUCUCUAAACUAAUAUAAGAUCUUUUAGAUCACUACUUUAAUGAUCUAAAAGAUCUUAUAUUAGUUUACAGAGGGAGUGACUCGAGCCUUUAUUUCUUCCAUAUAGAAAAUACAAGUCCCUUCAGAAGUUGAGGUUUUAGUAUCUCAUAACAAAAUGAUGACCAUGGGCAAUCUGAAAAGGGGAAACCUGAUCUUGUCUUUUGUUCAGAAACUGAAACUGUGCAUCCAUCACCUGCUCUUUGAUUGUGUAGUUGUUGUUCUCAAAAAAGGAUUGUGUAGUUACUACUAACAAUAUCUUGGAAAUUAUCCUUUUCUGGCUCUACACUGGGCAUUGAUUAUGAACUUGUGGCUAAGUUUUGGGUUUCUGAUGAAUAUGAAAAAUUAGAAACGGCCUCGUUUUAAACCAUGUUGUUUGGAUGGAUAUCAAACAGGUGUGGUGGCUAAAAGAACACAGAUGCUUCCAGUCUCCACAUCCACUUGAAACCGCUGCAAAUUGGAUUGGAGUGAUGCCUUCAGGCUUUGGAGGGAGCUGGAGGCUCUAAACCUGGCCUCUCUCAACCAGCACAGGCUGAAUUCCUCUCUGACCAUCUGCUCUGCUGGGGAGUCGUUCUGGGCUCAAGAUU